AUGGGUGUCGGUAGAACGGCAGGUAGAACCGGUGCAGGUAGAACUGCGUUCAAUGGCUCGCGCGCGCACGUGCGAGCGUGCCAGCUCAGCACGGAGAUCCACACGCUAUUGGCCGUCAUGCGCCAGAGCUCCAAAUGGGCCGUCUCCCCGAUCUUCCUCGACGAAACGUCCGGCGCCGACGCGGAAGAUCCGCUGCUGCGCAAUCUUAAAGCCUUAAGGCAGAAGAUCGUCACCGAUUGGUCGGACGACGACUGGGAGGCGGCUCGCGUGCCGCCUUCCGCGUACCUCGCGCCGUUCCUCGACGUCGUGCGAUCCGAGCGAACAAACACGAUUGUUACCAGCGUCGCAUUGUCGUCCGUGCUGAAGAUCCUGAAUCUGCAGUUUUUCGACGAGUCGACACCCGGCGCGGCCGUGGGGAUUCACAUGGUCAUGGACGCGGUCACGUCGUGCCGCUUCGAGGUCACGGAUCUCGCGUCGGAAGAAGCGGUCCUCGUCAAGAUCCUCCAGGUGCUCCUGGAAACAGUACGAAGCCCAGCAGGCCCCCUGCUGUCAGACCGCCACAUGUGCAGCAUCGUAAACACGUGCUUCCGAGUGCUGCACCAGGCCGCCUCCAAGAGCCACCUGCUGCAGCGCCUCGCCUGCCAAACCCUCCUCGACAUGGUCCGCGAGAUUUUCGGGCGGCUGCCCGAGCUGCCCGCGAGCGAGGAGGAGAGGGAGCUAGGGGAGGCCGAGGCGACACAGGGGACGAUGGAUAGCACGCCGUUUUCGCCAAGAGUGGAGGCGAGGGAGGGGGGUGGGGAGGAAGGGGUGCAGGAGGGGGCGUUGGAGCUGGGGGGGUCGUCGGUGGAGGAUGGGGGAGGAGGGGAUGCGCGAGAUGGGGGGAAUGCCGGUCAGCCUCUCGAACAGCCCCGGGGACAGCGGGACGCAAGCAGAGAAGCGGAGGAGGGGGAGGAGGACGGGGAGCGGGGGCAGGCAGGCAGCAGCAGCAACAGAGCAUCAGUUGGAGCGUUGGGCAGGCCGCACGGAGUGGCGUGUGCAGUGGAGGUAUUUCACUUCCUCUGCUCGCUGCUAGGCCUGGAGGACCAUCAGUCAGCGCUCUUUGCCUCGGGCAUGCUGGCAGAUGAUGACGUGUCACUGCUGGCGCUCAGUCUCAUAUCGGCUGCUCUGGAGCUUGCCGGGCCGGCGGUGGUACACCACCCGCGUCUGCUGUCCCUCGUGCAGGAUGAGCUGUUUCGGUCGCUGCUGCAGCUGGGACUGUCUCCGAACCUUCUAGUUCUCUCGCAGGUGCUGGCCAUAGUGCAAACGCUUUUCCACUCAGCCCGCGCCCAUCUGAAGCUGCAGCUAGAAGCCUUUUACACCUGUGUCAUCGCACGUCUCGUCGGCACAGCAGGAAAGUUCACCGCAACUUCCUUUGCGCAGCAGGAAGCUGCCCUGGAAGCCCUCCUCGACUUCUGCCGCCUGCCCGAAUUCGCCGUGGAAACUUUCGCCAACUUCGACGCGGAUCUCACAUGUGCGAAUUGCCUGGAGGAGCUCUCAGGGCUGCUUUCUCGGGCAGCCUUUCCGGUAAACACACCGCUAUCAUCGCUGCAUGUGCUGGCUAUGCAGGGGUUGCUGGCUGUGGUGCAUCAUAUGGCUGGCAGGGCUAAUGCUGCUGCUGCUGCCGGUGUUGCUGGUGGUGGUGGUGGUGGUGUUGUGGGUGCUGGGGAUGGUGCUGUCGUUGGGGCACCAGCCCCGUUGCUGCUGCCAGGUUCGGCCGUGCCAGCGGCGCCGGAGCUGAAGAUAGCUUCGGAGAACGGAGCCAUGUGGACGCAGGCUCGGGAGAUGGUUGCCGCUGCUCUGGCUGCAGCAGCUGCUGGUGGAACAGGCGAGGGGGCAGCAGCAGGCAAGCAGGUUGGCGUAUCAGCAUCUGUAGACGGGUUCCAGGGACAGCCACAGAAUGAGCAUCAUCAGCAGCACCACCACCAUCAGCAGCACCACCACCAGCAGCACCAGCAGCAGCACAACCAGCAGCAGCAGCUGUUACUAGUGGAGGUGGUGAGGCAGCAGAGGUCUAUCAAGCGGCGGCUGCUGAUAGGCGUGGAGCAUUUCAAUCGCGACUCCAAGAAGGGGCUGCAGUUCCUCCAAGCCUCCGCUAUCCUCCCCUCACUCCCCGACGCCCGCGCCGUCGCCUGCUUCCUGCGCUUCACACCGGGACUUAACAAAACACUAGUGGGGGACCUGCUGGGUGGGCAUGAGGAGUUCCACGUCCGCGUUUUAGGGGAAUUCGCUAAGCUGUUUGAUUUCGAGGGCAUGGCGCUGGAUGCGGCGCUGAGAACGUUUCUAGAAGGGUUCCGGCUGCCUGGGGAGGCGCAGAAGAUCUCUAGAGUGUUAGAGGCGUUUGCAGAGCGGUACUAUGAGCUGGCGCCCGCUGCGUAUGGGUUUGCAAACCAUGACGUGGCGUAUGUGCUGUCAUACUCGGUCAUCAUGCUCAACACUGACCUUUACAAUGGGCAGGUGCGGCGCAAGAUGACGGAGGAGGAGUUUAUCCGCAACAACAGGAAGAUCAACGAUGGAAAGGACCUCCCAAGAGAGCUGCUCUCAGAGACCUACCAUGCCAUCGCCCGCCACGAGAUCAAAAUGUCCUCCGAUGUCUCCCUCUCCUCCUCCUCCGCCUCCGCUUUUCCUGAGAUGAAUCUCAGCCGCUGGCUCGGGCUGAUCCGACGGUCGCCGACCGCUGUGCCUUACAUUCUCGCAUCCAGUGCUGACCCAGAAUGGUCUUCUGCAGAUGAUGUUGCAGCUGUUGCUGCUGCUGCUGGUGAUGGUAGUAGUGGUAUCAAUGCCAGUGCUGCUGAUGCUCCGGGCACUGACAAUGCUGCAUGCGAUGCCUCCCCCUCUCAGUCUCUCGACUCUACUGCUUCCGCUUUUCUCAAUUCAGAAUCCCUCCCUCCUGCUCCCCCUCUCCUUCAGUCCUCCUCCCCUCCUCGCCCCUCCCCACCGUCGAAGCACCUCUCCCCACUCUCCCCUCCUCUCUCCAACCUCUCCCUCCCGCGCUCGUCCUCCUCUCUCUUCCUGCUCCAACUAGACAGAGACGUGUUUGCAGUCGUGGCAGGCCCAGCUAUAGCAGCCAUAUCUGUUGUCUUCGACCACACAGAGGACGACGAAUCCCUCCUUCGCUGCUGCACCGACGGGUUCUCAGCCGCUGCUGACGUGGCGGCUUUUCACGGGUUCUCAGGAGCGUUAGACGAUCUAGUGGUCUCCCUCUGCCGCUGCACCACGCUCCGCCUGAACCCCUCCGGAUCGCUGCCAAGUGGCGCCGAUCUAGUGGACAACGCGGCAGCCGUGGCGUUUGGGGAGGACACCAAGGCUCGGCUGGCCGCCGUGACUGUCUUUGGUUUGGCAAACAGGCACGGCGGGGUGGUUCGGGGAGGGUGGCGGAAUCUGCUCGACUGUGUGGUUCGGUUGCACAAGCUAGGGUUGCUGCCUGCUCGUGUUAUAAGCGAGGUGGAGGAAACAGAGGAUGGAGCAUUCGCAGGGGGAUCAUAUGCCUCUCCUCAACCACAACAGCAGCCGCAACAGUCACAGCAGCAGCAGCAGCCGCAGCAGCAGCAGAUGGGAACGAGUCCCACCCCUUCCUCCUCCACUAUAUCAUCUACCACCACUGCUGCCACAUCAACCCUUGCUAUCACCAGCCCAGCAGCCGCAGCCGCCCGCAAGAAAGGCGCCGGCAGUAGCAGCGGCGGGGGGGGAGGGCUGAUGAUGCGGUUCUCCCAGCUGCUGUUGCUGGAUUCUGACGAUGACUACUCGUACGGCGGCGCCAGCUCAGCGCAGCCCACGGAGCGCCAGGUGGCGGCGCGGCAGCGCACGGAGGAGGCGGUGGGGGCAUGCCGAAUCGAGGAGCUGUUCCGAGGGACGGCUGAAGGGCUAGAAGCAGAAGCGCUGAUGCACCUCGUGAGGGCCAUUGUGUGGGCUGCUGGGCGGGCGUUUAGGGGCGCGCUAGGGAUGGGGCCGGGGGGGACUGGUGGGGGGAAUGCUGGGGGCGCGGGGGUGGGGGCUGGUGGGGGUGGGAUGGGGGGAAGAGGAGGUGGAGGCGGAGGGGGAGCAGGAGGGGGGGGAGGUGGAGUAGGAGGGGGAGGGGGAGGUGCGGGUGGGGCGUCUGUGGGAGGAGGAGUGGGGAGUGGAGGAGGGAUAGCUGUAGGCCCUCUAUCGCCAGACGAAGAAGAUACAGCAGUCUUUUGUCUCGAUCUCCUCCUAGUGGUAACCCUACGUAACCGCUCCCGCGUGCUCAUCAUCUGGCCACUCCUCUCCUCCCAGCUCGCAAUCAUCAUGCAGUCGGCCAAUGCCGGCCCGCCACCUGGCCCACUGGUGGAGCGAGCAGUCUUCGGGCUCCUCCGGCUGUGCAGAAAGCUCUUACCAGCAGCAGACGAAACCCUAGCAGACGAGCUGCUAAGGUCCCUGCAACAUGUGCUGAGACUCGAUGCCAGGCUGGCUGAUGCGCUCUGUGAGAGGAUUACGCGGGGCGUGUUGGGGAUCGUGAGGGAGGGGCGGCAGAGCGGGGCACUGCGAAGGGUGAAGUCUCCGCCUGGCUGGAGAACGCUUGCUGCUCUGCUGGCCAUCACAGCCAGGCAUCCAGACGCUGCUGCUCCCGGGUUUGAAGCCCUCUCUUGGCUCAUGGCACCCAUUCCCCCCGGUGCUGCUGCUCCCGGUGCUUCUCCUGCUGCUCUCGCCUCGGAUUACCCCGCUGGUGCUGUCGAGGACUAUGGGGAGGUCUGCACCGACGGGCCGCCCUGCGUGUCCCCGUGUAACUUCAUUCCGUUCCUCGACGCGGCUCGGGACUUUGCCGAGGCUCGGGUGGGAGGUGCGGAGCGGUCGAAGCGAGCACUGGACCUGCUGGGGUGUUUGAUAGACUGCCUGCUGGAGUGGAGGGUGGCCGGGGAGAUGGAGCAAGCAGCAGAGGCAGACCGACUAGCAACCGCAGCAGCAGCAAUGGCAGGUGGUGGUAGGAGUGAGGCGGACAGUUCGAGUAGUGCUGUUUCCGGUGCGUUCUCCCCACAGCAACAACCUCCCUUGGCAGCUGCCCUCUCUCCCUCGCAGCAAAGCCCCAUACCCUCGUCAUCAUCGGGGGCAGGUGCAUCUGGGGCAGGUGCAUCUGGGGCAGGGCGGUUCUCAGGGCAGGACCUGGCAGACCUCUGGCUGCGCCUGCUGCACGCCCUGCGCCGGGUCUGCUCGGACCAACGAGAAGACGUGCGGAACCACGCUCUAGUGUGGCUGCAGCGCUGUCUCCUCGCUGCCGACCCCCUCUGCAUGCCCACAACCAUGUGGGCUCCGUGCUUCGACCAGGUCGUGUUUGUCCUUCUGGACGAUCUUUUAGAGGUGCAUUUGCGGGAGAAACCCAAGGAAUACCGGGGUAUGGAUGCGUCGUUGCUCCGUGCUGUCAAGAUGCUGUCCAAGGGCGUGCUGCAGGUGACUGACGCGUCAGAUACGGAGAGUCUGUGGAGCGCCACGUGGCGCGCGGUGCAUGCGAUGCUGCCGCACUUAAAGCCCGAGUCGCUCGUGCCGCCUGCACCUAUCGCGCCUGCGCCCACAGGUGCAGGUGGUCAUGUAGGUGUAGGUGGUGCAGGGAUGGAGGGGCAGCAGACAGGAGUGUCUGUGGUGGGAGGUGGUGGGGAGGGUGCCUUGCAAUUGCCGAUGGACAUGGGUGAAGAGGACUGCUUGUGCGACCUACGCGAGGGGUGCGAGUGGGUCGCGUCGCAGUCGACGCACUGCACCAUCGACGACCAAGCGAUUGAGGCGCUUGCAGAUGCGCUGUGCGCGUCGGAUCGCACUCAACCUACCAAUGGUGGUACGACAACCGAAGCUGCAUCCAAUCCUGAAACAGCAGUUGAUGCUACAACCAACGCUACAGCCGCCGGUGCUGGAAGCAGCACGUCAGGAGGUCACGGCUUGAGGCUACCGCCAUGGAAUUUCGACGGAGUGCAUUUCACGGAUGGGGGUCCUCUCACCGUGCAGUACCUGCUGCUGCUCGACGCCCUCAACUUCUGCUUCUGGCUGGACCCCUCACUGCACUACGAGCACCUGGCGUCCGGCUUAAGAGCAGCUGUGCACCGCGAUUCCACCAGCAUUGAUGCUGCCCGCCUCGCAGUGCUUGAUGUCACAGGCCUGCGUGCUCUGCUCGGUUCGAAGCCCUUUCCGCUGGAGCAGCAGCGGGUGAAGGCAGCACGGCAGGUGGGGCGGGUGCUGCUGCGGCGCUUCAGUGGCAGUGCGGCGAGCAUGGUGGAGGAGGCAGGGGGGAGUGCAGAGAGACUGGUUCGCCUGCUCACCACACACUUCACCUACUUUCAGGACCACUCAAUCUACCGUGGUCGCCAGGUGGCGCUCUUCAAGAGGGCGCAGAUCUUUGUGGCAGAUGUGUGGGGCGCGUUCAGCGGGCGUGGCCUGGGUCAAUUUUCGGACAUCCACCGCCUCACCAUGUUUGCGGACUACGUGGUCCCCGCUGUGCUGAGAAGCAGAGGCGUGCUCACAUACGCUCCAAGCCUUGCUGCUGCUGUGGACGGAAAACAAGAGAUUCUCCCGGGUUCGGAAGAAGAGGUGGAAAUCAGAGCGUGCUGCAUCGUUGCCACCGAGCGCCUUCGAGAGCGACUGGAGAGUGCAGUGGGGAAGCAGGUUUUAAGCAUAGAGCUGGACUGGUUGCUUUGGUCGCAGGGAAUAGACGGAAACUCCGCUGUUAUCGAGAUCGAACAAGAGGACAUCCUCACCACACCGCACGAGCCGCCCAAGACGGUCCUGGAGAAACUCGAGGAGAUGGAUGACGUGGGCGUGCCGCACAAGGUGUGGCUGUCUGACGUGGUGACCGUCAAGAAGCGCCCCUAUUUCUUCAACCGCGAGUGGCUGCCCAAGGAUAUCGGAUACGCCGUGUUUCUCGGCAGCAUCCACCUGCUCGCGCUCGCCGCACCCUUUACCUUCUCGUGGGAGGCGUUCGAGUGCUUCGUCGCCAUGUACGUCAUCACAGGCAUGUUCGGCAUCACGCUGUCGUUCCAUCGCCAUCUGACUCACCACAGCUUCGUGCUGCCCAAGUGGCUCGAGUACACCUUCGCCUACUGCGGCGUCCUCGCCUGCCAGGGCCCUCCGUUUGAGUGGGUGAGCGCGCACCGCGUGCACCACCGCUGGUGCGACAAACCCGAGGACGUCCAUACGCCUUAUGAGGGGUUCUGGUACAGCCACGCCGGCUGGCUGCUCGAUAACGAGGCACUCAACGCCAGGCUGGAGGGGAAGAACAACAUCUACGAUCUGACCAAGGACCCGUUCUAUCAGUUCAUCGAUAAGACCUACGUCUGGCACAUCGUCGCGUCCGUCGCCGCACUCUACGCGCUCGGUGGCUUCCCGUUCGUCGUCUGGGGCUGGGCGCUGCGCCUAGUGUGGGUGUACCACAUCACGUGGUUCGUGAAUUCCGCGUCGCACGUGUGGGGCGACCAGCCGUGGAACACGGGCGACCUCUCCCGCAACAACUGGUGGGUGGGCAUUCUGGCAUUCGGCGAGGGCUGGCACAACAAUCACCACGCGUUCGAGUACUCGGCGCGCCACGGUUUGGAGUGGUGGCAGAUCGAUAUGACGUGGUACACCCUCAAGCUGCUGGAAGCCGUCGGAUUGGCCACCAAUCUACGGUAUCCGCGUGAGAAGCACAUGAAGAAGCUCGCGUACCCCGAUUCGCCCCUCGCCAAGUCCUAA